AUGUCGCGGGCCCGGAGCCACCGCAGCGACCUCGUCAACGACAACCGCCCGGGGGGUGUGGACGCGGAGCCCCCCGGAGGCCCCGCCGGUACUGGCCCGGGGCUGGGGGGGGUCCCGGUGCCCUCCAACGCCAAAUGGCUGCGGGGGAACCGCGACCAGAACCGGAACGAACUGGGGGGCACCGGGAGCCCCUCCGGGGUGGGGGACGACACCGGGACCCCCCCCGGGGAUGGGGACCCUGGGACCCCCCUUGGGGACAGCACAGGGACCCCACCCGGGAGUGACACUACUGAGACCCCCACUGUCGAUGACAGCGAGGAGGCAGUGCCGCCGUGGGCAGGUGUGGGCAUGGGGCAGGACUCGGCGCUGCCCCCUGGCUGGCUGCGGGUGAGCGACCCCCCAGGGCCCUACUACUGGCACGUCCCAACUGGCACCACCCAGUGGGAGCCGCCCCCGGUGCCAGGCCCUGGCCCCACGCUCCCCUGGACCAGGCUCCCCCCGGCCGAGGGCAGCCCCUGGCAGAAGGAGCAGGAGGGGCCCAGCGCCCCCCCCGGGCUGGUGGAGGUCCCCUUCCAGGCUGAGUUCCCGGUGCCCAAGGCUGAGCCUGUGCAGCGUUUCCCUGCUCGGUACCAUGGCUGUGUGCCAGUCAGCAAGCCUGUGGGGAUGGAGGUGCUGAACGCGGCGCUGGAGCUGGCGCUGGCCGCAGGCUCCCCUGAGCUCUGGACCCCGGCGGUGGUCAGUGUGGCCCCGGCCACGGUCACCAUCACGCACCAGCAGACAGGGUGGGUGCUGGGCGAGGCCCGGGUGCGGUUCCUCUCCUUCCUGGGCGUGGGCAGGGACGUUCGCUCCUUCGCCUUCAUCGUGGCCGCUGCCCCCCGAGCCUUCCGCUGCCACCUGCUCUGGUGCCACCCCAACGCCGCGCGCCUCAGCGAGGCCCUGCAGGGGGCGUGUGCGCUGCGGUACCAGAAGUGCCUGGACGCUCGCCCCCCCCCCAGCCCCAGUGCCAGCUGCCUGCCAGCCCCCCCCGCGCCCUCUGUGGCCCGCAGGGUUGGCACAUCGGUGAGCAGGGGGGUGAGGACCCUGCUGGGCACCCUCAAACGUGCUGGGGCACAGAGCCCCUGA